UUAACUCUCGACGCUAUUUUGACGGGACACACAAGAAAACAUCAUGAGCAGUGAGAAAAUGAGAAAACAGUAUCUCCGAGACUUCGAGCCCAGGGAAUAUCCGGUGGCCAUGAAAGCGCUUACCGGCGUCCACUCGUUUUACCAGAGGGAGCUUCACUCCAUUUUCAAUUCUCCGGUGUCUGACUCCUGGCGAACACUUCUGGAUAUUGGAUGUGGACCCACUGUUGCCAACGUCUUCCCGGCGACAAGGAAGAUCCAAAGCAUUGUUUUAAGUGACCUGCUUCCCAGAAGUCGACAGGAGGUAGAGAAGUGGAUCCAGAAAGCACAUGACGCCAUAAACUGGUCCUUCAUGAGCGAACCAUUGGCCAUCUUGGAAGGGUACAAGGACGCGAAAUGUGGAGCCAAAGACAUCGAAGAAAGGACACGCGCGGCCAUCAAGAAGGUCAUCCCGUGCAACGUCCUGGACACGAACGUCCUCCCCGAAGAGCACGAUGAACUUUUCGACGUGGUCUUCUCGAGCCUCUGCCUCGCGGCCGCAAGUCGCGACGAAGAAGCCUUUCGGAGAGUCACGCGGAAUGUGUCGGGUCUGAUUCGCGACGGAGGGCACCUCAUAUUUUGCGGCGUUGUCGGAUCUCGCGAGUACACCGUCGCGGGCAUCAAAUUUCCCAAGGUCAGCUUGACUAAAGCCAUGGUGGAAGAUGCACUGGGCGGAGCAGGGCUCCAGCUGAAACGCUGGAGUUCUCUCGACAAGCCCGUCGCGUCGGACACUCCGCUACAUUGGGAUUUCGCGUUUGUCGUUCUCGCCGAAAAGCUUUACACCGCCGACCGUGAAGGGCACGCUAGCGGCGGACAACCGAAUGACCAUGUCCUCCCCACUUGCGGUCACCCACUUUAA